AUGUCAGCCCCGGUGCCGGAGCCUCCCGCCCUGGUGAGGAGCCCCGAGGCGAGGCAGCGCGGCGGCUGCAAGCCUGGGCACAUCCUCGCUCAGCUGUCUGCAAUCCUGGAGAACCCAGACGUCAAAGCUUUGGAGGUGAAGGGCGAUGCCGCGUUGGACUGGUCCAAGGACAGGCGAGGUGUCCUUAUCCACACCGAGCUGUACGAGGAGGAGAUGGGGAAGAACAAAGAGCUUUACCCGGAGCUGGCGGAUCUCGGCUGUGUCGCGGCACUGCAGGCCUGGCUGCUAGCCUACGGUUUCAAACUCAAGGGCGCAAAGGUCAACUCGCAAGUGCUCCUGUUGCAGCACCCCGAUUUCCGGAGGGCGCAUCCCGCCGCCGAGGAGCCAGGCGCCCUCGGAGGCGAUGCUGGCGCCUCUGCCAAGCAGCAGAAGAAAAGGAAGAGAAAGAGAUGUGUGAGCAGUCUGCGCCCCCCCAGAGGGGCCAGGUCCCAGGACACACUGGGACAACGGCCGCGCCUGCGACCCUUGUACCAGUACAUCAACUUCGACAUGCCAGAGCUGAUGCACCCAUCAGCAGAAGAAGAUGAAGUCCCAGGGCUGGCACAGCCAAGCCAGGUCCCUGCAGCCCCCAGGACGGCAACUGCUCCACAGCUAGAGGAUACCUGGGCCAGCAGCGCUCCGGAGAUCCCAGACCCAGGAGCGGGUGACAAAUCCAUGCAGGUUGAUGUUGAUAGGAUGCUCAGAUACGCAGCUCACCUGGUGCCACCGCUCUUUCCUCAGUAUAAAUAG